AUGUCGAUGUCGAUGCCGGGAGUCGAUCUGGCAGAAGCCUAUUAUAUGAGGAAGCUAGCAAAGGAGAAGCUGAAGAAAGCAGAGAAUAGUAGCAAUAAGCUGAAAUAUUCAGGAACAGAAAAAUCUAAAGCACGAGUAUCCGGGAAGCGAGGGAGGUCCUUUCCCGUAAUUUCAAAUCAACCUCCAUCUCUACCUUCACGCACUCGCUCACCUUCUCCACGCCGGCCGACGAUGCGAAUAUUGUACGCUCUCGGAGUUUUCUCAGUCGUUUUCUCCCUACUCAGUGCCGGCAGGUCAAUGCCCGAAGACGCGGUGGCGAAUGGUACGGUUGCGACCAAUACGACCAGGCCGAAGGAAGAUAGUUUGGCUGAUAUGAUCGAUCACGCAUUGGAGAAAGAGUUCAACGAGACGGAUGAGAUCUCUGACGCCACAGAUCAUGGAAGUUUCAACAACAGCGUGGCAGAACAACAGGCAGUUCUUGAAACUGUUGCUAGAGUUAAGCCCAAGAAGAAUGAGACGAAAGAUGAGAAGUCAUUCCAGUUUCAUGAUGUUUUUAAUCUUGAUAAUGAGAAUCGGCCAGAGGAUACGCCAACCUUGAUAGAUAAGAAGGACAAUGUCUUCAUCAUGUCCAAUCCGAAGUCAAAAUUUCCUGUUUUACAGCUGGACUUAAGAUUCAUAUCUGAUCUAGUUAUUGUAAUUGUCUUUGCAACCUGUGGUGGCAUCGCUUUCGCUUGUGCUGGACAACCGGUUAUAACUGGAUAUUUACUGGCAGGAUCUCUGAUUGGGCCUGGGGGUUUUAGCUUUGUCAGUGAAAUGGUGCAAGUUGAAACAGUGGCACAAUUUGGAGUUAUUUUUCUCCUUUUUGCACUGGGUUUGGAAUUCUCUGCAGUGAAGAUUCGUGUUGUGCGAGCAGUUGCUGUCUUUGGUGGGUUGCUUCAGAUAUUUCUGUUUCUGUGCUUGAGUGGGAUAACUGCAUCAUUAUGUGGUGGGGAAGCAUCUGAAGGUGUAUUUGUUGGUGUCUUCCUCUCGAUGUCUUCGACGGCAGUGGUUCUAAAAUUUUUGAUGGAAAGGAAUAGUAUCAAUACAUUACAUGGCCAGGUUACUGUUGGAACCCUUAUUCUGCAGGACUGUGCAGUGGGUUUGCUGUUUGCUCUUCUUCCAAUCCUUGGUGGCACAUCUGGUGCUCUUCAAGGGGUAGUUUCUAUGACGAAAUUGCAAAUAAUUUUAUUAGGACUGUUCUUUUCCUUUGACAGGUUGGUGGUGUUAGUUACAUUUUUGGCAAUCUUGGUAAUAUUGUCCCGCACUUGUAUCCCCUGGUUUCUUAAGUUGAUGAUUAGCCUAUCUUCACAGACUAAUGAACUCUAUCAAUUGGCAUCUGUGGCUUUCUGCUUGCUGGUUGCUUGGUGUAGUGACAAGUUAGGUCUAAGCCUGGAAUUGGGUUCCUUUGCUGCUGGAGUGAUGAUAUCAACAACUGAUCUUGCUCAGCAUACUCUUGAACAGGUGGAGCCAAUCCGAAACUUGUUUGCUGCCCUUUUUCUGGCCAGUAUAGGAAUGCUUAUCCAUGUUCACUUCCUCUGGAACCACAUUGAUAUCUUGGUGGCUGCUGUUAUAUUGGUGAUUGUGAUAAAAACAGUUGUGAUCACUUUGGUUGUGAGAGGAUUCCGCUACAACAACAAAACGUCGCUUCUUGUUGGGAUGUCUCUUGCACAAAUAGGAGAAUUUGCUUUCGUUCUUCUUAGUCGUGCAUCAAAUCUUAAGCUGAUUGAGGGUAAAUUGUACAUGCUGCUUCUUGGAACAACAGCUCUUAGCCUGGUAACAACACCAUUACUGUUCAAGCUAAUCCCUGCUGUGAUACAUCUUGGAGUGCUGUUGCGGUGGUUUUCUCCUGAGUCGACACAUGAGAAUGGACUUAGAGGAGACAGUGUGCGUGCAGACAGUGCUAAGCAUAUUUCUUUGAUGGUGAUUAAGAGUGCCAAGGAGGUUGACUGA